AUGCCGAAGAGAACCAAGCCUCGGUCUACCGAUGUUUCUCUGGAUUAUCUCAACAACGUCAACACCGAACUCAAAAGGCGGCGCACGGUCAAUGAACCCAUACCCAAUAUUUACGAUCUCCCUACCUCACCACCGGAACCUCAAGAAACGCGCAGGGCUCGACGCGACCGUAUCAGCGAACCAACGACGCGAUUUAGAGCUUUAAGAAACCGCCAAAUCGGAGUUGAUCCAGUGUCACAAAGUGCAACCCCUCGCAGCCUUUCCAACGGGGAACAACAAUCAUCCAACGACAAUCAAUCCGCCGAACACAUUGAUCAAUCUACAGGAUCACAACAAAUUCAAGCUGAGAUUGAGACCAUUGGAGAGAAUGAGGCAAACGCCAGCAAUGAGAGGCAGUUCACCCCACCCGCGCCUAUCCAUUCCAGCAUCGAUGACCUCUUCGCACCCAGAGAGGGAUAUCAGCCCGAAUCCAGCGGUUUUGUAUCUAUCAACGGCCCACGGCGAGUUAGUUCUGGAAACCUGCGCCCUCGCCCCCGCGCUAGCGACCUCUUCCCAGCGAAGUCGCCCCAGAUAACCGAAGCGCAGAACGAAGGAGAAGAAAAUAGUUCACCUGCUUCUGUAGAUAGUUAUUCCAAUGGAGUUCACAGCGGCAGCGAUAAUGGGGACUUACAUCAUGAGAAGCCGAACGGCAACGAGUCUGAGUCCGAUAUUAGCGAAGAAAUCGUGGAAGGGCAGGACAGUGACGAAAAUGGCGUCGAGGGCGAGGAAGAGGAAACCCUGUUCUCUCAACCCGUACACCUCUUUUCGGACGAUGCCGACCCUGAAGCUCAAGAUGAUCCAGAGAGCGAUUCUGCAGAAAUCCACAGUCCAAUACCUACACAGCACCCCGCUAAGCCAUCUGCCAUUGAGGUGCAGAUUCCCACCCAAACAAAGGAUUCCCGGAAGCGCACACAGAGGAAUCAAUCGGAUGCAACUGAAUCACAAUCCUCACAAAAUCAAUACAGUAGUCAGAUACCGGAGACCCCGGCUCAGCCCCGUCAAAGACGAAGAGACCAUGCCAGUCGAAAGGAGGAUGCUGCGGAUCGUCCAACAACAUCGUCUAGGGGGAAAGAACCCUCAAACCGACGGGGCACGCUUGGUCUAGUCGAGGAUCACGAGGUCCGACUCGGUAUCUUUUCUUGGCUCAAGGAUAGUGUGAAGGAAUCCGGGUUCAAGGAGGAUUGGGAGCUCAUUUGCCGUCAGAGAAGAACUUUAAAACCGCGAGCUGAUUUCGAGCUGGAAGGCCGUUUCUCAGGCACAGAAAAGCUCAUCCAACGGUUACGCGACCUCUACAAGUCUAUGACCCAAGAACCAUAUUCAGCCCAUUUCCUGAUAGACCACUGUCGACUCAUCGCGAACAGCAUUUUUAACGAAGGUCAGUCAGUUAUCGUUGAAGAAGCCCCGAACAUGGAAGAAGAUCUCGGUGGACACUUGAUCAAUCAAUUUGAAGCACAUAUUGUGCCCGAUUUGAUCAAGCUCCUCGUUGUGGCCUUCCAAACCUGGAAGACUACAGGAGAACGCGCAAAACCACACUUUCGCAUUGCAUUAGAUCUAAUCUGGGCCAUAUGUUACCGGAUAUCUUCAAUCAAAGACGUUUAUGACCACCUGGGAUCUUACGUCCUAGCUACAUCUCGUGAGAUCCUUAAAAGUAUCAAGGUCAUCAAAGAUGCGCUCGAUGAUGGUCGACUGCUUGAAAGAACAUCUCGAGUCCAUCGAGUCCCCACCAAAUACAAACACUUUGAACAGACGGAGGUUCAAAGCAAGAUUACUUGUGACCCGUGGACCAAGGCAGAGAAACUGGCGCUUCUGGAGGGAAUCAAUGGGCCCACCGAUGAUGAAGACACAUUUGUCGACCUUAAAUCUGACAUGAGAUAUGGGCCUACGCUUGAAAGACGUACUCUCAAAGACCUGAAAGCCGAAGCCCAGCGACGGAGACUAUGA